AUGUCGAGGGGGAAGAUCAAGAUUAGGAAGAUAGACAACACUACGGCGAGGCAGGUGACCUUUUCGAAACGGCGAAAGGGCCUGUUCAAGAAGGCGGAAGAGUUGGCCAUACUCUGUGAUGCCCAAGUGGGGGUGAUCGUCUCCUCCUCCACCGGCAAGCUCUAUGAACAUUCAAGCAACAGGUGCAGAUCCAUUCUUUAG